CAGGAAGAGGGUGGGGCAAAGAGAUACAGCCCUCGGUCUCGGAGUUCGAGCCAUUCUGGGUGGUCUCAAUGCUUAACAGGAGCGAUGUUGAUUAAGUCAUGCAAGCAGGGUUGAUUAAGUGGACAGAUGCUGCUGGGAAUCAAUCUGUUUUCCUUCCUGGAUGAAAUAUGCAACCAUGCACUCAAUGUAUAGCUUCUGGAGAGCAAGAGCCAUUCCUAGCCAGCCAAACUCACGACUGAAGUUGCGUCUUUUCUGACAUUUCAAAAAUGUUAGCCCCUUCAGAGAAUGCUAAGGGUUGGGAACCGGUGGGCAGGCAAAGUCAGAGCAGCACCAGAAAGAAUCUGCUGGGAGGGGGCGGAGCCAGGAUGGAAUCUGGCGAGUCAGAGGAGGAGCCAAAGCAGAAUGUGGGGGCGGAGCCCCGGCGGAACCCGGAAUGUCCUGGCUUUUGAGACUGUCGGUUCCGACAGGACACAGUUUUAGUGGCGGGUGGGCCAGUAGAAUGCAGGCUGGCUUGUCUCCUGCUCCUUCCCUCACCUACCCGGUUCCAGAUAAAUUACGACCCUCGUCAGCUUCAACUCACCUUUUCUUCCGCAUUGAAUUAUCUAUUUGUGGUUUAACCAUCGCUGCUGAUUUACAACCUCGUCUCUGAACCCUGUGUGGACGCACCAAUGCCAAGGGUCCACUCGCGCGGAACCCAAAGCCUGCACGCUUUCCUCCUCCCCACCCCCUGAAGCCAGCAAAACAGCCCCUCCGAAAGCAGCCUCCCCGGGGUCAGAGCCAGCAUGAGCCUCCUGUCCAGGUUCUCUCCCCAGCAACUGAAGGAGGCAUGGCAGAAAAAGGCCCACCGGAAACCGAAGAGGAAAAGAAAGGACCCCCGGGUGGCAGAGGACACCCCAGGCCGAGCAGCGGCACGCAGCCUGGGGGGUUUCGUCCUGGGAAUGACCCUCGCGGGGGCCUACGGGGCCAUGGUGCUGCUAGUCCAAGGCUACAACAUCUGGUACUGCCUGGUGUCGACCAUCAGCCUGGCUAUGGGCCUGGGGCUUGGGCUGGCCUUCUCCCGCAAAGCACGGCUCACCGUCGCCCUCAUGCUGCCCCAGAUUUUCUCACGAGAAGGCAAGACCAUGCUGCUGCUGCUGGCGUUCGGCCUGGCCAUGGAGGGCCCCUUCGCCAACAUCAUACGGAAUUUCUCGAGAGCGACCGAAUCCGUAUCGUGCGGUGCAGAGCUUGCCCUGAACCAGACGGCGGAAAUGCUCCAGAGGGCCCGGCAACCCCUGCUCAAUGCGCUACAGAAAAUCAAGGACAUAGCACGGAAAGCGAAAGUGGUGGGUGACCGCGUCCGAAAGCUCUUCCGCUCCGUCACGGAUUCCGUGCGGCAUGUAGCCCACUGCCUCCGCAACGUCUGGUACUGGCUGCUGCACCUGGGUGACGUCUGCAACGAGGAGAUGGGCAGCCCUUACCGGAAGUGCAACCGCCUCUUCGACAGCGCCAAGGAGAAGUGCGAGCAGGCCCUGCCCUGGAUCUACUGGGUCUGCAGCAUCGUCCUCCUGUUCAAGUACCUCUGCGGCUUAGCCAACAUCCUCCUGGUCUUCUGCGUCAUCCCCCAAUACAUCGUGCCCUUCCUGAAACGCAAGGUUGCCGACCCCAUUGUUAAUGUCCUCAACCGCGUGCGGCAGGAGUUUGAGUUCAACAUCACAACCAUCCACAAGUUCGACGUCACUGUCAACGCAAGCAAGAGCCUUUCCCAGGUCGCCUUCGACAUCAUGGAGGACGUGUCCUUGCGCCUCCAGCCCGCGAAGGAAGCCAUUGGGUUUUUUGGCUAUAUGUCCACCUUGGUCAUUCUUUACCUCUAUCUCAGGGCUCUGCUCUACCGGAAGCAUUACUUGCAUGAAGACGGAUUCGACAACAUCUACAUCACCCGACCGUUCCUCGAAAUGGAUGCGCUGCAACGAAAGCUGAAGAGACCCACUGUCCUGCCCUUGUCCUCCAGGGAGAGCAGCAGAUACCUCCGCCCAGCCUCGUUCGUGUUGCCUCGUAAGGAGCAGCUCCGCUAUUCGCUGGCCAUCAUCUCCAUCUGCAAGCAGCUCAUUCUCGUGACCCUUCUCAUUGUUGCCGAUUACUCCGUCUUCUGGCUCUUUGACCUGGUGCGGUUCCAGCUGCACGGUGAAAUCGUGGCAAGGGCCCCAGUGACAAUGAGCGUGAGUGUGAACGGGUCGGGCUACUCAGGAGAGAUGUACCGUGACAUGGUCUCGGCCUUUGACGUGCUGCAGGGUGGCAACGUCAGCGUGCUGUCCCGGAAGUGUCGCUUACGUCCAGCCGAACCGGAUUACGAUGGCUACCUAAUAAUUGGGAUCAUGUAUGGAACCUGCUUCUUCAUUGCUGUCUUCGGAACCUACAUACAGCGUCUGCGGCGAGUUAUCUGUGCCUGGUACUACCCCUCCCGUGAGCGGGAGCGCAUCUGCUACCUCUACCACACCAUCCUGACCCGCAGAUCGGGGCUAGCAGCCGCUGUGCUGAAGGCCGUGAGGCAACGGUCCGCUGAUGGGGGCCGCAAAAACAUCCUCCUCGUCUUUGCUUCCAAGUUGCCGUUCUGUGCCUUCCUGGCGAAGAAGCUAGGGGUGCACGAGUCGUACUGCAUGGGCUGCGGGAAGAUCCGCGACAGCGCGGCCAGUGAGGACUACGUCACGUGCAGCACGCCGAACUGCCGAGGUAUUUACUGCACCGAAUGCUACAAGCUUCUGAAAAAUAUCUGUUCCAUCUGCAUGGCCCCACUAACCUACCAGGGAGAGAUGGACGAGGAGAUGGACUCCAGUGACGAGGAAGCCAUGGCCCUGUGGACCGGGGCUGUGCGGGCGCUGAGGGGGGCGCGAGACGAGGAACGGCGGUGGCAGCGGCAGGCGCUGAAGCGCCAGAUCGAGCGGGCCGUGAGAGGUCAGGGGGACUGCCGCAGCUUGCCCCCUGUGCUGGCCAAGAAAGUUCUAGCUCAGCUGAAAGAGGAGGAAGAGGAGGAGGAGGAAGACGACGACGAGGAGAGCAGCACCAGCAGCGAGAGGGAAACACCCACCAGUUCUGCUGAAGAGAGCAGCUCCAGCUUGGAGUCUUCCUCCAGCAGUCUGGAUUUCAGUUACCAAAAGCGCACAGAGGGCAGUGACAGCGAAGAGUCUUCUCCCGAGUCCGAAGAGCUGAAAGAGGUGAAAACUGAAAAAAGCCCCACACCUGAGACGUAGGAAGAGAUGUGGGCAGCCAGGGCAGCUGAGAGAUGCAUCCUCUCCUCCUCGUUCCAGAAAAAGGUGUAGCCAUAAAAUUAUCAAAUUAGAUUGUAUACACUGCCACAUGGUUGGGUGGGCUUCCUCCUGCCCUGUGGAAGCCAGACGCAAAAGCAUUAAACGUCUCCACUUUCCGGGAGGAAAGAGGGCGCUUUACGUGG